AUGCGUGGCUCAGGACAAUUGCCGAAGAAGAGUGAUCUAUUUGAUGUUGCGGAGUGCUCUAUCUCAGAAUCGGACAAUGAGCUGCUUAAACUUCUGACAAACCCAUUUAGUGACCCGGUGGUAGCCGAGCACUACAAAAGCAUUUACGAGAAAAGAGAGUAUGAGUGCCGAAGUGCUUUUGAUCCGGACUUUGAGUGGACCCAGAAAGAAGAAAAGACAGUUAUCAGAAAGCUUAAUUGGAGAGUUACUUUUACUAGCUGUGUUCUUUUUUUUGCAUUGCAGAUUGAUAGGGGGAAUUUAGCUCAAGCGGUGGCUGACAAUCUCUUAGAUGAUUUAGGUCUAACGACUGACGACUAUAAUUUGGGAAAUAACUUAUUUCUUGCUUCUUUCCUACCAGCUGAAAUCCCUUCCCAGCUUAUUUCAAAAGCAAUUGGACCAGACAGGUUUAUUCCUAUUCAAAUUCUAUGCUGGAGCAUAGUUGCCAUUUCACAGGCUGCCAUGAAGAACAAAACGGGAUUCUACAUCACAAGAGUUCUUAUUGGAGCUUUAGAAGGGGGCUUUAUAGCUGAUCUUGUGUUGUGGAUUUCCUACUUUUAUAAGUCGAAGGAACUACCAAUUUGCCUCUCAUUCUUCUGGACUGCUUAUUCGGCCACCCAGAUAUGUACUUCUCUUCUUGCAUUCGGUCUUCUCAGAAUGCGUGGAAUUCGUGAUAUGGCUGGUUGGAGAUGGCUUUUUAUUGUGGAGGGAGUUGCAACUUUCUUCAUCGGCCUAUGGGGAUUUCAUAGCAUGGUCCCUUCCGCUGUCGAAACAAAGAGCACAUUCAACCCCAAUGGUUGGUUUACCGAAAGAGAAGAAAAAAUCGUGGUCAAUAGAGUAUUGAGAGAUGAUCCAUCUAAAGGAGAUAUGAACAACAGACAAGCUUUAUCCGUUAAAAUGAUUUGGAGCGCAUUUUCAGAUUAUGACCUUUGGCCAAUCUACAUCAUUGGGUUUCUUGUAUACAUUCCAAUGGCUACUGUGCAGCCUUACAUGACUUUGACCUUGCUGCUUGGAUUUUCAACUUUUGAUGUUAAUUUGUUGAAUAUUCCCCAAAACAUGAUCCACAUUUUGCUCUUGAUUGGAAUUACAUGGUUUUCAGAACUGGUGAAUGAAAGAACAUUGACUUGUCUUUCAUUGCCAAUUUUCACACUUCCAUUCAUGGCAGCUUUGAGAUGGUGGCCUGGAAGUAUGCACCAAGCAUGGCCGACUUGGGCUUUAGUAUCCAUGGUUUUGGCUGCUCCAUAUGUUCAUGCAAUUUGUGUUGGAUGGGUCUCGAGAAACUCAAAUUCAAUUCGAAGUAGGUCAAUCUGCUCAGCUCUAUACAAUGUAUUUGUUCAGCUUGGCAACAUUGUGGCCAACAACAUCUACAGGGAGGACGACAAACCUCUAUACCACAGAGGUAACAAAAAUCUCUUCAUUUUGACGGCUAUCUGUAUUCCAUGUCUUCUUUUAACCAAGGGAUAUUACAUAUGGAGAAACAGAAGUAGAGAUAAAAUCUGGAACUCCUUGUCUCUUCAAGAACAAGAAAAUUACGUAAAGUAUUCCGAAGACCAGGGAAACAAAAGACUAGACUUUCGUUUUGAUCAUUAG